AUGGCUACUGAGACACGAGAUGCUACUGAGCGCAUGAACUCCAAGAAGAGCGAGUUCAACGACGGAAGAAAGCGUGCUCCUUAUACUUGGACCGAUUCGUUCAAGGACUGGAUCAAACAGUCGUUCCAGAGUAGAUACACCGAUGAGAAGGUGGAAGCCAAGUUGCUCUCGGUGUUGCCAUUCUUCCCGGAAUCCGACGGAAAGAGAAGAGCCCAAAUCAUCAACACCGACAUUGGCAAUGGCAAGUACAUCCACGAGUUGUAUAUCGAGAACACCGAGAAGCCAGAGCCAUGGACGCCUUCCAAAAACGGAGAUCUAGAGCCUUCUAGAGACGUCGUGUUGAUCCACGGAUAUGCUGCUUCUUUGGGUUUGUUCAUAGAUAACUACGAUUCGCUUUCAAAGAUUCCCGGUAUCAAAAUCCACGCUAUAGACUUGUUAGGAUUUGGAUUUUCCGCAAGACCCAACUUCCCUUCAUUUCCUUCAAAUACUAAACAAGACGUCUACGCUGUUGAGAACUGGUUCAUAGACUCGAUUGAAGAAUGGAGAAAGAGAAGAAAUAUAAACCGCUUUGUCUUAAUGGGCCAUUCCUUUGGCGGCUACUUGAGUUGUGCUUAUGCCUUGAAAUACAAUAAAAAGAUACUAGACGAAAAUACUGGCAUCAAGACAAAUUUGAUAGAUAAGUUGGUAUUAAUUUCUCCUGUUGGUUUGGAGAGAAACAAAUUCUCGCUUUUGAAGAAUAAUUUAGAGCCAUACGUCUCUCAUGAACAACAGCAGAUCGAAAACCUCAAGAGUCCUUCUCUUGCUAUCCAACAAGAAGUGUUAGCAAAUCAAGAAGAAAUCGUCCAUGGUGAAGCCGUUUCUGUUCCACAGGACUCUGAAGAAGUUGAGGAACCAAAAACGAGAAGAAGAAAGAUAGUAGAUUUCAUGUGGGAAAAGAACUUUUCGCCUUUUUCUAUUAUUCGUAAUGCUGGUCCCAUGAAGUCCAAGUUCAUUUCGGCUUGGACGACUCAUAGAUUUGCUCACACAUACUAUAAGAAUCCAGAAAGCUUCCAAAACGUGCAUGAUUAUAUAUAUAGAGUUUUCAACGCUAAGGGAUCUGGUGAGUAUGCCAUCACUAGAGUGUUGGCCAUUGGGGCAGUGGCUAAGUUGCCAUUGUUGGAUAGAUGUCCAGAAAAGUUUGUCAACAUGGGUUUGCCUACUUUGUGGAUGUACGGUGACAAGGACUGGAUGAACGAAGAAGCUGGUUUGGAAAUGACCAAUGAGAUCAACGACUUGUCCAUGAAACAGCAUUCUGCCAAGAUGGCCUACUUCAAGAUUUUGACCAACUCUGGACAUCAUCUUUACUUGGACAACCCCCCAGCUUUUGCAAGAGAAGUCUUCAAAUUUUUGGGAUUUAGACGUUAG